UAAAUUGUCUGAACAAAUUUUUUGGAAAAAUGGCCAGCAAGCAAUUGGUAAACAAUUUGGCCAAAGUUGGACGCUGUGGCCAGAACUGGCUGGCUCCAUUGACCGCUGUACGCAACAACAGCUCCCGCAGCGACAUCGACAAAGUCACGCACACGGGACAAGUCUUUGACAAGGAUGACUACCGCAAUGUGCGAUUCGUGAAUGCCAAGCGUUAUGUGAACGAGAACUGGGGCAUCAAAAUGAUUGACGAGGUGCCACCAAUCGAAAGCACCGAGCGUGUGGUAUUCUGCGAUGGCGGCGAUGGCCCCCUGGGACAUCCCAAAGUGUACAUCAAUCUGGACGCUCCCGGCUCUCACACUUGCGGCUACUGCGGCCUGCGUUUCGUGAAGAAGGAUGACCAUCAUCACUAGGAACUACUACCAUCUUGAGAGGCCUGGGUCUGCCCAUCCAAUUGCUUUAGUUUAAAUUUCAAACUGAAUAAAAUUAUACCACAAACUGGCUUUGGCUGUGACUAUGA